CAAAACCAAACAAUCAAAAAAUUGUAUUGCUAAUGAUUUAUGAAAACGUGAUAAAGCUUUCUAUAUAUUAUAUUCUAAGUUAAACAAACAACACACAAGAAAAAAAAAACAAAUUUUGUGCAAACUAAAGUUUUCCCCCUUCUAAUGAAAGCUGUAUAGGUUUCUUCUUCUCAAUUAUAUGUACGAAAAAGAUAGGAAACAUGAAUGCUCGAUCGCAGGUAUUCGAAUUGACCAUGGAAGGCCGACAGGUUGAUGAAGCCAUAUCUAGUAUUUUCCACACAGUGUUGUUUCAUCGCUGCCUGGGCAAAUACAUGUAUACCGGCGAAACCCAAUAUUCGAUUGGUACAGUCGGGUACACAGAUGUAGAUUGUGAUUUCAUUGAUUUCACUUAUGUCUGUUGUGCCUCUGAUUAUCUCAAUCGCACUGUUAAACGUGCUAUUAAUCUAUUUAGCGAACAACUUCGCAGCAACGAUAGCAGUGGUUCUGGUCAGAUCAGCUUAGAGUUUUUUCAAAAGAAAAAAAGUCGCUGGCCCUUUCAACAGGAAUGCAUUCCAUGGGAGGUGUGGACAGUUCGUUUAGAUUUAAUUAAAUAUGACAACGAAGAUGACCGCCAAUUAUCGCGUGAGAAUGUCAGCGAUCUUUUGACUGAGAAAGUCGUAUACAUUACCGAAGUAAUGAAUCGCGAAGACUAUGUGCCCAAGACACCAAUACAAAAUGAAAUAGAUCUUAUUUUUGAUACAUCAUAUCCGGAUGUUCAACCCUAUUUGUUCAAGUUCGAUUAUAAUACGUCGGGCACAAAUACCCCAUCAGUAAGCAACACUAUGAAGAAAAUACUAAGAGAGACGCUAGCUUUAUGACUGACCAAAGUCCAUACAAAUCCAAAAAAAUGCAAUCGUUUUUUAUUACUACUAUCGUUUUUUAGUUCUUGACUUGAUUUUAUUUGUUCUGUUUUCUUUUGAAACUCAAUUUAUUUGACCACAAAAGUUUUUUUUGUCUUUGUUUCAAUUUAAACACAACCAAAAAUAGCAAAACAAAUACAAAAAUAGUUUGAAAUAAUAUGAAAAUAGAUUUUUUUCUUUCAAAAUAAAAAUAAAAUUCAAGGAAAACAAAUGUUUCAUAUCACAGAACAACACGAAAUUAGAUCUUAAAAAAGAAAUAUUUCUCUUAAACAGAAAAUAGUGUUAUUAUUGGUAUUGUAAGUUCAAUAAAUAUAAAAACAAAAUAAUUAACAAUAAAAUAAAAACACACUUGUUCAUAGUUUAAAAAAGAUUUUAAGGAAAUAUUAUUAUUAAAACCACACAAAAUAGUUAAAGGUUAGUCGUUUCAUAUUUUUUAAUCUUCUUUUUGUUUUGCUAAAAAGAAACUAAACAAACAACGUACUUAUUUUUUGUUUGUAUUGAAUAUUUAAAUAUGCAAUAUCUUAACUAAGCCGGUUGUUUUAAAUGUUUUCAAAAAAUUAAUCGGUGAAUUUAAAAAGUUGGUCUGUUUAAAAGAAGCUACAAAUGAAAAAAGUAAUCAAAUAUUUUUUAGUAUUUUUCUUUAUCAAUUGUACAUACACUAAAUUAGUUUAUAUAUCAAGAAUUCUUUAGCAGGCAUAUAGUUUUUCGAAUACUUUUUUUUUUUGUUUUUGUAGAAUGUUAAAACCUUGUUAAACAUAUUCAAUUCCAUUUGAUAAACCUUCUUAGCACAUGCAACAAAAAUCCAAAUAGGUACUUUAAUUUUCUUUUUAAGACAUCCCCUCUUUUAUAAACUUCAUUUUUGGUAUUUUUUCUUGUGGAGAACUGGCUUAUAAAAAAAAAUAUUUUUGCCAUAGAAUCUUCUUAUGAGAUCUUCAUCGAUACACACAGAACCGAAGAAUAUAUGAAAAAUGGUUCUCUUCGAACAGUCCAAAAGGUUUUCUUUCGAUCUUGACAUUUGCCAUCUCUCCUCGAUACAACAGGCCGCCUUAAUUCUCUUUUUUUGCUUGGUAUGCUUAGCUAUUUGAUAGCGGUUUUGUAAACGUUGGUUGAAUUUUCUGAUAGAGAUUGAUGGGGUCAUUGGUGAUAAUUAUUAUGCGGUACAACAAUAUAGGUAGUAAUAAAAAAAUUUCAUAUUCGAUGUUGGUGAGUUCCCAACAUAAACAAUUCAGAGCCCUAUACACCAAAAACACUAUGUUUUUCCAAUUUUCGGGUAUUACGAAUAACAGAUGAACUGUAAACUGUGUAUGCUCCAGAUUUAGCCAGAUAGAAAUUUGAACCGAAGGCCAUUCUUAUUGCUACGUUCAUAUUACAAAUAAAUAAAACUUCAACUAUAUUUGUUCUAUUCCCUUUUGGGUUAAUUAAUUGGGCAAUCUGACAUACCAAUUUUGAGGAACGAGCAAAAGUGUUUCUCAAAGAGAAAUCAAAUUGUAAAAAAGUGUGGAACCGGUUGGAGGUCUCACAGCUGAAACGGUCCAAGUCAAAAAAGGAAAAAAACAACUUUGGUUCGUGAUAAUCCCUAUUAACUAUAACAUUUUCUAAAACUUAAAAAAAAAAUUGAAGGCAAUGAAAUACAUAUAUCGUCGGUGAAACUAGAAAAGUGUGUAACUCCAUUUUAGCAAAUUUUAUAGGAGAGCAAAAAAACAAAUCGUUUUGAAGGCAUUUGUAUGAGUUUUGAUUUUCUAAUUUGCUAAUAAAAUACAAACUAUGAACUUUAAGGGCAUUCUGAACAUUCUAACAGAUGGCAUUCAAAUCUAAUUUUCAGAAAAUUUGGAGUUACACACUUUUCGGGUUUCACCGACGAUAUAUUAUAUUGUAUAGAAAUAGAAAAUUACUAUCCUUUCAUGGAUCUGACAUACAUAAAAUAUGAGGUUUUGAAAAUACUCAACGACAUUUCUCUCAAAUCUAAAUUUCUGAAACAAAUCAAACUAAUCAGUGAAUUGAGUGUCUUUUUUUAACAAAAUAUCUAAUGAAUUAACUAUUAUAAUUGAUCCUUACACAAAAUGUUUAUACCAAAUUUAUUUUACCUAUCAAUCAAUCCGUUAGAAAAACAUAAUUUAUAUGCUACUAAUCGCAAAACAUUUGUGUUUUUAUUAAAAAAAAAAUGGGUGACUUAAUUUGUUUUUAUUUCAAAAACAUAUUAACACAUUUUUCUAUCUUAUGUGCAUCAUACAAAUAAAAAAUCAAGUCAAUUUCGCUCAAACACAUUUAUUUAAGUAAUUUCUAAUUUUCCGUACAACCGGGUACACAGUUCACUUUAAAAAAACAAGAUUUAUUCUUCAAAUUAAUCGAGAGAAAAUACAUAACUGUAAUUUUUAAUAUUAAACGUGUACGGUCUCUAUCCAUGUUCUUUUACAGGAAAAUAAAAAAAACAAAUUAUAAUGUCAAUAAAUACCAAAAUAUUCUUAUAAAAUAAUUAGAUACAUAUAUAAUUUAAUGUUGAUAAAAAUUUCACAAAAAAAUUUACACAUUUUUUCAAACUAAAAUAAAUAAAAAAGGAAAAAAAAAUCAAUCCAGUAUGUACGCGUGUUGUUUGUUUGUGUUAAACGAUAGUUCUAACGUGCAAAGAACAAAAAAACAAAAACUUAUUUGUUAGAAUUAAAACAAAAAAAUAGAUUUAAAUUAAUUUUAAAAACUCUAAAGUAUAAAUUAUUUCAUAAGUGUAAAUAAAAGAUAUAAAAAUGUAUUUGU